GGUCAGAACCCUCUGCUCUGCCUGCUCAAUUCCUUCCCAGCAGCAGCUCCUCCAGGGACAAAGGCGCCAUGCAGCCCCGGGCCCUCCUCGUCGCUGCCCUCCUGGUGCUCCUGGCCUCUGCCCGAGCACAGGAGGCGGACAAGGCCUUCCUCCUGGGAUUCAUGGAGGGAUACAUGGAGCAGGCCCAGAAAGCCCUGUCCAGUGUAAAGGAUUUACCGGUGACCCAGAAGGCCAGCGUUUGGAUGGAGGAGGGCUUCAAUUCCCUGAAGGACUACUGGAGUACCCUCACGAGCCCGCUCUCCAACUUCUGGCCCCUCGCCCCUGGGGCCGCCCCGAGCACCACCCCGGCUCCGGCUGUUUAGGCCACCUGAGACCUCAACGCCCCACGCCUGCCUGCCCAUCCAUCCUGCCGGCUCCUUGGGUCCUGCAGCUUCCAGGGCUGCCCCCGAAGUUCGCUCAAAAGGGGCAGCAUUCUCAGUGUCCUCCCCUCCCACCCCCAGACCUGGCCCCAGGCUUGCUGUCUUCCCAAUAAAGCUGCUGUGAGUGGGGCGUCCCA